UCCCGAACUGUCAUCGCAGCCGCUCACCCUUCAUUUCUAAGUUUCUUGGAUUUUCUAUGUAGAACUCUCAUAUGAUAUCUGAAAAUAUUUUCUCGAUAUCAUAUAGUUCUCAAUUGUUCCCAGCUAUUAAAAAGAAUAUUGCCAAACUUUCCUUUUUCGCUUAGACUCACCCACCCAUGGCAUAUUAUUAUCGCGGUUGCCUCCCAAUCUCUUGCCAUGCGCGCUGAUAUCGGGCCUGAAGGGAAGCAAUCCAGUCCACAUGUGGCAAAAUCUUGUUAUUAUAGGAGAUGAUGGAAAUUCACAAGGGAGGGGAGGGGAAACCGCCGAGGUGGUCUUUUCUUUCACCCCGGCUUUCUCUUCUGUCUCUGGGUCUCUCAAACACGGGAAAAAUGAGUACGACAACGGCAGUUCCUGCUCUUGACAACACGAUGGGAGCCCUUCUCGUCGGCGUUUUAUUCUCUACCGCACUAUGGGGUGUUACUUGUGUACAAACGUUUUCGUACAUCAAUCGCUACUGGAGACUUGACACCCUUGGCUUCCGGAUUCUGGUUCUUGCAACAUUUGUUAUGGACACCUUCCACGAAAUCCUAAUCUGCCAUACAAUAUACGUCUACUUGGUAUCCCAUUUCGCCGAUCUAGCGCAGCUAGAGAUCAUUGAAUGGAGCAUACUUGUCGAGGUCAUACCGUCAGCAUGCGUAGCUCUAAUGGUCCAGUCAUUCUUUACGUAUCGCGUUUGGAUAUUGAGCCAUAGAAAUCUCUAUCUCAUCCUGUUUCUGGGCUCUCUCGUUGCUGCGGAAUUUUUUGUGUGCAUCGCGUACUUCUCCAAAGCAUGGGCCCUUGAGUUCUAUUCCGAGUCGUUUAAAGUCAGGUCGCUAUCGCAAUCGAUGAACGCCCUUGCCGCUGCGGGAGAUAUGUCAAUCUGUGGAUCACUUAUCUUCUUGCUGCAUCGUUCCAAGUCCGGAAUGAAAAGGUCGGACGCAAUGAUGAACAAGAUGAUCCUUUUUACAAUGAAUACCGGGUUACUUACGAGCAUCUGCGCCAUCAUGUCUCUCAUUAUGAUCCUCGUUUACCCCAAUACAUUUCUUUAUAUCACAUUCUUUUUCAAUCUCGGAAGACUGUAUUCCAAUUCGCUUCUGGCGACCCUCAACGCGCGCAGAGGUAUGAAGACGACUGUAGAUGGCUCAGCAUUGGCCGCCUCUUUCACUCUGGAUAGCGAAGGGAGACGUCUGCCCAUCUCCGCAGACGGCGCAUCUAAACCCAGGCAUAUAGUAAUCAACCGUGAUGUAGACGUUGAGGUGCUGGGGGACUACGAGAUGGACUCUCGUAACUUUGACUCUGAGCCAAAAUAAUGCCUUCUAACUGGGCACUUUAAAAACCAUAAAUUAACGUUUAAAUAUGGCGGCUACUACUAGUAGGGUGCAUGAAAUGGGUUCUCCUACUAGCCUCUUCGCAAUUAUCUGGAAGCUAGCUUCCCGUUUAUAUUUGAUUCGUUAG